AUGGAGAAAUGGGUUAAGUUCGCCCUCAUAGUGCAGUUUCCUUAAACCAUUCCUAGUUUUCUUUAUUUCCCAGCACCAAAUAUAGAAGAUAUUCUACCAUUUUUUGAAAUAGUUAAUACAAAUCCGGAUUUGCCUGUGCAAAAUGAAGAAAUGAAAAACAGGAGUUUUGGGAGUCCAAAUCAAUCUUUUGGGAGCUUUGAAAGUACUACAGAUAGACCAUGGAGUAGUAUGGAAAGCAAUGACGUUUUUGAGAUUGAAAGCCCUUAUCAAAAUGGGGCAAAAGAAAAACGAAGAUAUUUCCGAUUGUCAAGUAAAGGAUCAAAUGAAAGUAAAAGCAGCAGAAUAUCAUCUGGGUCAUUUGGAAGCAAAGGUAGCAUUGAUGAGCCUGGACAAUUGACAGGCAUCCAAACCCAGCUUUCACAACCUGAACAAGAACUGGCCGAAGACAAGGAAUUGUUAGGAAAUGCUGACCAAACAGAUAAUUGUCAACAAACAAUUUCCACGCAGGAGACAGAUAAAGGUUAUUUAAGUGAAGAAAAGCCAGAGAGACUAGUUUUAUCAGAGAAAACUUGUCAAAACUAUGUAGGUGAAGCAACUUUCACAAGAGAAAAUAGGCUGUCUCGUACCCAAAGUGAGUCAAAUGCCUAUAGUCACAGUAAAGAAAAUGGAAUGCAGGAAAGUUUAGGGAAGCAGACAGUAGACAAAAGUGUACUGCAAACUGAGGUUGUUCCAAGACAGGACACUGGAGCUUCAAAGGGAUUCAAGGAAGGAAGUAUGCUUGCUACUGAAACUUCUGGAAAAGUGCCUGGAAAUGAAAAGAGAUCCCAAAGUGAAAGCUUUUUGCUACUAGGAGAUAAUGGCAUUUUAAGUAAAACAGAUGAUGUUGAUGAAAAGUUAACUAUUCAUAGUAAACAAAGGCUGAAUGAUCAAGUAGAAACUAGGCAUAAAGACCAGCUAGUGCCUAGAGAAAGCUCGACAAGUAUGUUAGUUGGCUGUGCUCAAAAUUCCACACCAAUUUUCCAAGAGACUGAAGGGACAUUUGAAAAGGACCCUUCGUUGAGUUGUAUUGAUAACGGUUUUAAAUCGGACGAAGUAAUUCAAGGUACGACGCAUGGUUUUAAAACAGCAAAAACUGUGUCUUGUAGUCCUGACAAGUUGAAAGGGAGAUGUACAUCAUAUGUACUCACUCCCUAUGCUAUAAAUUCGAAAGACUUAAAUACCCAGAUCAGCAAUUCAAGGUUUGCAUCUAAGAUUGACCAUUCACAUGUCGUGUCAGAGCAACAGAAAGUGGCUUGUAAAGGAAGUCCAAGUGUAGACCUCCAUGAUGGAACUUCGAAUGAAGAUUCUUUGAUAUUGGAAGAGAAAGCGAAAUCAGUGUUAAAAGAAAUUAAAGCUGAUGCCUGUAAAAUAAUUGGCCUUCAUCGUAUGCUAGCCCAUCUUGAGAGACAUUUUGUCGACGAGGACACGGAGAAAAUCAAAUGCACUGAGAGAACGAAAGGGCAAACGGCUGCUUGGGACGACCUAAUCGAUGUACUGAAGCGUUCUGACUUUAAGGCAUUUUGUGACUAUGUUGAGCAAAUAUUUGCUCCUGAUUUUCCUUGCCCAGAAGAGUUUCGAAGUAAGCUGAAGUCAGUUUGCAAAAAAUACGGACUUCAAAAUAUUUUUGAAGUAAAUGGUUGCAGCAGUGUUAAUACAAAUCCGGAUUUGCCUGUGCAAAAUGAAGAAAUGAAAAACAGGAGUUUUGGGAGUCCAAAUCAAUCUUUUGGGAGCUUUGAAAGUACUACAGAUAGACCAUGGAGUAGUAUGGAAAGCAAUGACGUUUUUGAGAUUGAAAGCCCUUAUCAAAAUGGGGCAAAAGAAAAACGAAGAUAUUUCCGAUUGUCAAGUAAAGGAUCAAAUGAAAGUAAAAGCAGCAGAAUAUCAUCUGGGUCAUUUGGAAGCAAAGGUAGCAUUGAUGAGCCUGGACAAUUGAAUCUUUUUUAUCUCAUAGGGGGAUGGGCCAAUUCGCGGAUUUAUGGAUGGUUUCUGCCCCCUUUCGUAGAAGAUCGCCGCUGCGCCAAUGCCUGCGCAGUAUCUCCUUGCAUUACACGUGGGAAGAGCGUUCGUCGUGUUCCUAAACUCUAAGAAGAAACAGCAAAGACCAUUGAUAUCUAAGAGCCCACACCUUAGCUGGGGCAUUGGAAAAGGUCAUCAAAAUUGUCAGGAUGGCCACUCUGGUGUACCAGCGCUGUGAAUUUUUGUCCAAACAUGCCUAAAAGUGCAAAAUUAUUUUUAAAAAGUCAAAGAAAGGGGGAAAUGCAGAUAAGUGAAAAAUAAUCUUAUCAGCCACAAAAGCUUAUUGGGCUUGUAGAAAGCUAAUAUACGAUAUAGCCUUGUAGACUCGGGUUGUAGUCACAUCAAAUGUUGUUUGAAAAGCUAUCACUGUGAGCAGAAUGUGACUGUAAUCAUAGCUUCAUUUAACAGUUUUACAUAUUUGGGUCUAAAUUUCAUGUGACUGUAAAUGGUUUUGACUUUAAGCAGGAAUGACUAUCAGUGAAGUAUACUAUAAUUGCAACCCUUAAAAAAAUUGUCCACUGCCUAAAUCCCUGGAACAAAGAUAUAUACACAAAAUUGGGAUAGGAAGCUUGCAUUUUUUUAGAUACUGCCCAGUAUGCAGAGCAUGGUAUCAGCUCCCUGGAGAUGCAGACAUGGUAUUGUGAGGGCACACUUAGCAUCUAGGUUUAUACAAAUUAGAUCCAGGAAAAUUGAUAGUUCUGCCACACCUGACACUUUUGGACGAUUUUGUUCACCUGCAGCAUGAUGUGACACUUUGUGACCCUAGAUGACUUGCCAGGCCAUGACAUGUCCAGUGUGCAUUCAGCUUUAUGCCUUCAAAUAGUUGAAAAGUCCAAGUGAAGGUGCACAAAUGAUUAGCUCUAGAGCUAAAGUGAUUCUAACUUGACAAGAUUAAAUAAGCCAUUGAUGUAUUUUUAUUUCAUGCACUAAAAAUAUUGAAUUAGUGAAUUUUAACAAUUGCAAAUAGCCUUACUUCCCUUAAGAAGAUAUUAGGUUUUUCCCAGGUAGGUUUUUUUGGCAAAAGAACUUAUAAAAGAAGGAGGAUUGGAGGAGUGGGAUGAAAUGAAAGG